AUGGGCUGCCACAUUUUUGUUCGUCCACCUCCAAGUUUCAUUGUUGAGACUUCGGACUGUAAAAAGUUACAUUUCAGAAGUGAGGUUUGCCACGUGAUUAAUCAUCUUUUGCAUAUAAAUACGGGCGAGUGUCACGUGGCGGCCAUCUUGUUGGUCACCUUAGUUGAGCACGUCAUGUUCGUUAAGGGCCUCACUGAGAAACUUCAAGAUUUCUUUUUUGAAGAAAUUGGCGCGGACAUAUUCGACAAAGCUCGUCAGUGCUCCCUAGACAUCCCAGCGGGUUUUCCGGAUCUCUUCACCGAGGACAUCGACCAAAUGCACGACUUCCUUGAAAAAAAAUGGCAGUUGCAUAGUCACGUCUAUCGAAAACUGCAAAUUUAUCAGCAACAUACAUCAGAAGGAGAGCAAGUCAAUCUUUCGAAUGACAUACAAAACAUGGAUUCUGAACUUCAAAACCAGACGGAUUUUAGUAGGCCCUCGCUGGCGAUCGACAUCAACAACAACAGCUCAGCUUUAUUUAAUUUAAGAACUAGUCAUUUGGAGAGGCCAGUGCUAGUGGAAGAUCUUUCAUAUAUCGGUAAAUUCCGACGAGUUGAAACGAGGCAGGUCACUUUGGAGACCGACAAGGGCAACCUUAAUAGAACGACUCCCGUGAUUGGCUUGCUCAAUCUAAAUAACACGUGCUAUGUGAAUUGUAUUAUUCAGGCAUUAUUCAACUGCGUUAGGUUCCGCAAGGAAAUCCUAUCAAAGACUUUUAACCCAACUUUUCAAAAAGUCAGUCGGGCUCUGCAACAGGCAUUCAUCCACCUCAAGUUUUUACCGACAUCACAGGGCAACGUUUACAACCCGUCCGACGCCUACAGCCUGCUGAUACCUAAAGAUUUUAGCCACGAUUUCCAACACGAUUGCUCCGAAUUUUUGACCUCCCUAUUUGAUCGCCUGCAUUCUGAAGCCCAACCAAAUGCAAAUGACUCAACAAUGUUUGCAGCGACAACGACAUUAGCGCUAACUACUGCUACAACAACAACAACAGUGGUGGUGGCUACAACAACAACAACAACAACAUCAGUGGUGGCAGCUGCAAUAAGUGAAAUAAGAGCCGAAAAUGUUUCUUCAACCGUAUCGUCAUCUUCAGUUGCACCUGCAACGACAUGCAUAAAACUUACAUCCCCACCAUUCAAUGUUGCCACGUUUAAAAACGUAUUAGCGCAUAAAAUGGUGCCCUCACUGACGUAUCGAUCACUUCAUCUACCUGACCGUACUACUUUGCCUGCAACAACUGCAGCCACAACUACAACCACAACAGCGUUACAGUCUUCUUUAGAGAGAGUCCGUCAAACAGAGUUGUCAGACAUGGAAGUGGGUGGCAGUCGAACGAUUGCCAACUUGAACCCGUCGCUGCAGGACUUGCUGGUGCCGGAUGGUACAGAAUGCGCUAUCUUGGAAAAGUUAGUUGAUACAUACACGACAGAGCUAGUUACGAACAUUUGCAAUACGUUUCAAGAUUCAAUUGAGAACGGUAGAACCUCUCCCACGUUCGUUAAUAUGCAGUCUAUGUUUGAUGAAAGUCUGCGUCAAUCGCGCCAUGUGCAAUCGUCGCAACCGCCAGAACAAAUGCUUGCACCCUCUCAUACUAACUUGCUUCAAUGUUCAACGUCACCAACUGCGGCUACAUCCACCACAACAGCACCAACGCCCGCACCAACGUUUAAAACGCCAGCUCCUUUGGCAAUAGUUAGACCAUUGCUUUCAUCGGCCGAUGGAUUGUCUCAACAAACGUAUCAAACCAUUUCGCCACCUAAAGCAGCAACAUUUGAAACGACUUCAGGAUCGCCCGACACCAACUUGGCAGAACUUCAAUUGGACAUUGCUUCAAGUUCGUCGUCGACACAAAAGAUGUUGCCACCAUUGGAAAGCUUUAUAGACUCAAUGGGUACUAAAUCAGCUGAGGCAAUUCAACAGCCGUGUAUAAACCGCCGACCAUCCUCUUUGCCGCUGAAGAAAGCAUACACAAAAAAUACAUACAAUAAGUCUGAACCAGUUGUUCCAUCUUCAUCGUCGUCUUCGUCAUUACUAUCGGAUACAAGAAUAACAACUGACGAAACGACAGCCCAUGAACCGACCACAACGACAUCAUCAAUACCAACAAUACAGGUCACAGCAGAUACCCCACCAUCUACACAACCACAAUUGGAUCAGUUUGAUUCGAUAAACUCUGAAGAAACACGAACGUACGACUUGGAUGACAUGAUCCGACACUACAUCCAACCCGAAGUUUUGAACGGCAGCAACCGGUACCACUGCCAGAACUGCACCCAGCUGCGAGAUGCCGAAAAGAGUUGCUCCUUUAUGAAGGCGCCCAGGUACCUCAUCAUACAUCUCUGCAGAUUCCACUAUAAACUGAACUUUGGAAACGUGAAAAUUUUGGCAAAGGUCAACUAUCCGCGUUACAUCGAGUUGCUAUGCCAAUCUAGAGCCAGUCCAGACAGUUCAGUUUUGGCUGGGGAUCGAAGUGCUGGCCAGGACGCCAGAAAUGUAGCCGAGGAGCGGCCGGCAACUUCCCCGCAACGACGAACUAAAAGAGACAAAUCAAGAAGCCAAGAACGGAAAGGAGUUGAAAGUGGGAGGAAGAAGGUACUAACUAAAACGGACACCGACCGUGAUGGCGACGAUGACGAUGAUGAUGUUUCAAGCAAUAAAAAGAAAAAGGAGGCAGAUGAAGAAACAAUUGGUGGCGGUGGGAAGACUGAGGAGAUGAAGAAGGAAGAAGAGAAGAAGAAGAGGAAGAAGAGGGAGGAUGAGGAGGAGGAGGAGGAAGAGAAGAAGAAAGAGGAGGAGAAGGAAGAAAAGGAGAAGGAGGAGGAGAAGGUGGAGGAGGAGAAGGAGGAGGAAAAAAAGGAGGAAAAAAAGGAGGAGGAGGAAGAGAAGAAGAAGAAGGAGGAGAAGAAGAAAGAGGAGGAGAAGGAAGAGAAGGAGAAGGAGAAGAAGGAGGAGGAGAAGGAGGAGGAGGUGAAGGAGGAGGAGAGAGAGACGCAAUCUUUGGAUGGUUUCAAAUGGGAAGACAUUCAAGUUGUUGAAACUGGUCAGAAACCAGGAGUAAAUGAAAAAGAUGACAAUAUAAAAAUGAAAAUGAUAGAAGAUGUACCAAUAACUGAAGAAGAAGCCGCCGACGCGAGCACACAUGGCUGCGAAAAUGUAAAUAUAAAAAGUUUGGCGGAGUUGGGCGAACGUGACAGGAGAGAUGACAAUAAAAUGGAAACUAUGGAGCAAAAUAAGAAGUACAAGUUGGAAUCUGUAGUAGUUCAUAUUGGAUCAUCUAUAGAAUCAGGCCACUACUACAGUUUUAUAUCUAGGCAACCGAAAUCAUUUCAAACGCAGCAGCUGAAACCCCUACACUAUCAAAAUACCCGUUCAUCCAUGCCCCCGCCGCCACCCCCACCCCAACAUUCACCAUCUUCGUUAAAACCUCAACAAAUUCUUCCUGUACUGAACAUAUUAUCCCCAUCGCCACCACCGCUCCCUACGAAAACGCCAGCGGCAUCUGUCUGUUCGAGAGUGCAAGAGAAAGCCUUACAUCAUCGCCCAUCACCGCCUUCAAUUCUCUCACCAUUGAAGAAUUCUCCUCCACCACCACCACCACUACAACGACAACAACAACAGACAUCAUCGACGUCAUCGUCUCUACCCACUUCCUCCACAUCACUUUCUUUCUCGUCACAUCCCUACUAUGACGUCACUGGGGGGGAGCGUGAAGAAACACCAAUGGCGAGCGAGUUUAGUGAGGGCAUAGAUGAAAACUUGAAUUUGCAACUACCUGGUGAUUUCCUGCUGGAUGUUUGCGGGGAUGAAACCGUAUCCACCGGUUUCAAUCUUUCCGGUAGACUUGAAACUAUUGAAAAAAAGUCUGAUGAUGAGAAAGGAUGGGAAAAAGUAGAGGGAAGAGAAAAGGAAGGAGAAAGAGUUAUUGUUGUUUUUCAAGAUGAAGACAACAACAUCAAGAUGGAUACAGAUGACAUUAACACUAACAUCAACCUUGUGGGCAUAGAUGACAACAACAACAACAACAACAUCAACACGAACGUAGUUGACAACGAAAACAUGAACCUAGAUGACAUCGACAUGAUCUUGAGCAUUGCUGACAACAACAACACAAACGCGAGUGUAGAUGACGCCGACAACAACAUCGAUAAAAAGUCUGACGACGAUAACAAGAUGAACACGGACGACAACGAAGACUCAGGGAGUUGCACCAUCCAAUACAGCAGUUCGGAGAGUCUUGACAGUCCGCUUACUGCUCGCAGCUUGGAGUACAACAAACUCAUGACCAGUAUCUACAACGAGAAAAACAAGAAAGCUAGUGGCAAGAAGAGCACGAUUGGCACCUGCAGCAAGGGCGGCGACGACAUUUACGUCAACGUUGACAGCGAAAUUUCUCGCAUCACUCACACUGACGAAGACGACGGAAUCAUUAAAAGCAACAAGAGCAACCUCGACGACAAAGAUGUCUGGUACAAGAUGGACGAUGAUAGGGUCUAUCAAGUCACAUUUGAAGAAGUCUGCAGUUUGCCGGAACCGGAAACUCCCUACCUACUUAUAUAUCGCCUGGCAGACGACGAUGACGAUAACAACAACAACAAUAAUAAAAAUAAUAACGAAAGCCGUGGUAAUGAUAAUCGUCUCGGUGCUAAUAUAGAAGUUAAAAGUUUUAAUGAUGAGCUGGAGAAAGUGAUGAGAAAUAAAACGAAUAAGGCUAAACUGAAAACAAAAUACAAUUUGGUGGUGGAAAUGGGAGCUAACUCGACAAUAUGA